ACAUUUUGGGCCCACCCCGUCCCGGUGCUGUUGCAAGCCGGGGUUCUUCCGCAGCCGGCUGAGCGGGGCGGUGCCCCGGCCGCCCUGGCGCCCCGCUACUGGGCAGGAAUAGAAGAUGAACAAACCCAUAACAUCUUCAACAUAUGUGCGCUGCCUCAAUCUUGGACUAAUUAGGAAGCUGUCAGAUUUUAUUGAUCCUCAAGAAGGAUGGAAGAAGUUAGCGGUAGCUAUUAAAAAACCAUCUGGUGAUGAUAGAUACAAUCAGUUUCACAUAAGGAGAUUUGAAGCAUUACUUCAAACUGGAAAAAGCCCCACUUGUGAAUUACUGUUUGACUGGGGCACCACAAAUUGCACAGUUGGUGAUCUUGUGGAUCUUUUGAUUCAAAAUGAGUUUUUUGCCGCAGCGAGUCUUUUGCUACCAGAUGCUGUUCCCAAAACAGUUAAUACACUACCUUCUAAUGAAGCUGUAACGGUUCAGCAGAAACAGUUGCCUCUCUAUGGCAAAGACAGGACAUUUGUGUUACCUGUGCAGAAUCUUGAACAAAAUUCUAUGCCACCUGACUCCUCAAGUCCAGAAAAUCCAAGUUUAGAAGGUAGUGAUACACGUUUUCACAGUUUUUCAUUUUAUGAAUUGAAGAAUGUCACAAAUAACUUUGAUGAGAGACCCAUUUCUCUCGGUGGCAACAAGAUGGGAGAGGGAGGAUUUGGAGUUGUAUAUAAAGGCUACGUGAACAACAAAACUGUAGCAGUGAAGAAACUUGCAGCGAUGGUUGACAUUAGUACUGAAGAACUGAGGCAGCAGUUUGAUCAAGAAAUAAAAGUUAUGGCAAAGUGUCAACAUGAGAACUUAGUAGAACUGCUUGGUUUCUCAAAUGAUGGAGAUGACCUCUGCUUAGUCUAUGUUUAUAUGCCCAAUGGCUCGUUGCUAGACAGGCUGUCUUGCUUGGAUGAUACUCCACCACUCCCUUGGCAUAUGAGAUGCAAGAUUGCUCAAGAUGCAGCUAAUGGCAUCAACUUUUUACAUGAAAACCAUCAUAUUCAUAGAGACAUUAAAAGUGCAAAUAUCUUACUAGAUAAAGACUUCACAGCCAAAAUAUCUGACUUUGGGCUUGCACGGGCUUCUGAGAAGUUUUCCCAGACAGUCAUGACUAGCAGAAUUGUGGGAACAACAGCUUAUAUGGCACCUGAGGCUCUACGAGGAGAAAUAACACCCAAAUCUGACAUCUAUAGCUUUGGUGUGGUUUUAUUAGAAAUAAUAACUGGACUUCCAGCUGUAGAUGAACACCGUGAACCUCAGUUAUUGCUAGAUAUUAAAGAAGAAAUUGAAGAUGAAGAAAAGACAAUUGAGGACUAUGUUGAUACAAAGAUGAAUGACACUGAUCCCGCUUCCAUUGAAGCUAUGUACUAUGUUGCUAGUCAAUGCUUGCAUGAAAAGAAAAAUAAGAGACCAGACAUUAAGAAGGUUCAACAGCUGCUGCAAGACAUGACAGCUUCUUAAAAUUUUACUGGAAUAGACUCUUGGGUUUUGGGGUUUUUUUUUUUUUU